AAUCAGUGCGUUUCGACACGAACUUAAAACAUGUCGUAAUUUAGGAUAAGAAAUGCUUGACUUUACAGGUCUGUCCUUCAUUGACAAGACUUUCAGCUAUAAUUCAACUUGCAGUCGACUAUUCGAAAUGAUUUUCCUCAGACUAUGUGUUAUGUUGCUGAUUUUUGACUUGGUUGUGCCCGGGCCAAUCCACGAACCACCUCACAUCCACGAACCACCUCCCACACCCAAACCUCCCCACGUCGGAGAAGUAGACGCCGCCAUAGAGAAUGUUGAUGUGCACUACCAUGACGAGCUGUGUCUCGCGCUCCUAUUGGUCGACUGUGCUAUCCACGUGACUAAGGGAGAUGAGCAAGUGUGCGGCUCCAAUGGGAUAACCUAUAACAAUCACUGCCGUUUUACCCACGCUGUGUGCGAGACCUUGAAUUUAAAGCCUCACGAAAUAACCUUCCAAAGCCACGGCGCAUGCCCAACCACCUGGGCCCCUCUCAGCACAGUCGCCAACAUCAACACCGUUGCUUCGGGUUCCUUAACCCAUGCGCCGACCACUUCCGGUCAAGCAACGACCACCACCAAGGCUCCCGCUACAACUGACGCAAUGGGUGCCAUUGUACAAAAUGUCUUCUGUGCCAAUCUCGCCACCAUUUCAUGCACGGGUGGCUUCGACGUCAUCUGUGGGUCAGACGGACAGUAUUAUCCAAAUCAGUGCGAAAUUUCGAAAGCCAGGUGUCAUGAUGCCACUCUGACGAUCGUUACCGACGACACCAAGUGCCGGGCAAACUUGGGUGGAGGAAAGUAGACGUUGUGAUAUGUAGAAUAAAGCUCUUUGAUGCAG